GCGUGCGUCUAUUCUGACUCGAUUUCUCUCUCUUCUUCGUCCCCAUCUCGAUCACCUUCGUCGCUGAGGAAAAAGGUGGUGAAAUGCGAACCCGUGGUCAAGUCGCAGAAAGACGGAAGCAGAUGGCGGACCGUCUUCACCAGCUGCUCACUGAAUUGCAUGACGCUGGGCCAGAAGCUAAGCAGCAUGUUCGCUGUCAGCUCGACCUGCGUUCAGCAGAGGACGAACUAGUGGGGGCUGAAACUGUUGUUCAGAUGCUGGAGGUCAGCGGCAGAGUGCAACAACCAGUUGACCUGGGGCAAAUGGCCUUCGAUCAAUUUGUGGCAGAGCAGUUGGCGAAGAUAGACGGGGAUGUGACCAAAGAAGAAGAUAAGGGGGAAGCAAAGCUUGAGGACUUGGCAUUCAUGUAUGCUUAUCCUGAAGAAUAUGCUGAAGUGCGGUGGAGGAUUGAUGCUUUGUCCAGGAGUCAGGCAGAUGUUGUUCUUGAGGCUAAAAACGUUCUGCUGGGAGCGAUCAAGAAGGACAAAUUUUUGGACCUUACUACUGUGGAUGCACAUGUGGUCACUAUCUGCAAAGAACCAUACAGCAUCUUUAAGAAAUUGCAGAGGAGGAAGUGCUUGGUUCAGGAAGUGAGUGACAUCACGCAGCUCAGAAUCGUCCUCAAGAUGAAGCCAGCAGUAGAUGAUGUCUGCAAUGCACAGCAGGUCUGUUACCACGUACUUGGGAUCAUUCACGCCAUGUGGCCACCAGUUCCGGGCACGUUAACGCGCAUAUCACUCAGCCAUAGCGAUGACUUGGCGGUAAAGCGUCCAAUAGAGAAGAAAGAUGAUGAAGUCCUGCCAGGAGUAAGGCGUUUUGUUUGGGAGAAUAUUCAAGACCUUGAUAAAGUCAUGAGCUUGCUUGAAGAACAUAACCUUACGGCAAGUGGAGCCAAAUCCAGACGUUGCAUGAGGGAGGCUACCAUCUUGGGGUUCGUCUGCAGCGAGAGUGGCCGUCGGUCGGAUGUAAAAAAGACGGAGAAAAUUAUCGAAUGGCCAGUGCCAUUCCGUUCGAUAACAGAUGUUAGGAGCUUCAUCGGCACGUGUGGGUUUUGGAGAACCUUCAUCAGAAACUUUGCUGCCAAGAUUGAGCACCUAAGAAAGCUGGAACGUCAGGAUCAGGAAUGGGUCUGUGGUGAGGACCAAGAGAACAUUGUGACAGGAAUGAAGGAGGAAUUUCUGGAAGGGGGUUUAGUAUUAGGAGCACCAGACUAUGAGGCCACUGAGGUAAGGCCAUUCAUCGUUGAGACGGACGCUGGACCGACUGCCUUAGGGGGAGUCUUGAUUCAGGCAGAUGUCGAAGGAAAGGAGAGGCCGCUAAGGGGGUAUGAGCAGAAGGCAAAGCUUGUACUCGAGCCUUUUGAGGAAGAAGACCCGUGGGGCGGCAAGGAUGUCCAAUGGAUGAUGAAGUUGGCACUGGCAGGCGCACAUAAUCUGGUAGAGGAGGGGAACUUUGACCGAAUAGGCUCGUUGAAUCCGGCUGAGAGUGAAGGUAUUGUACCGGAGAACCAGGACAACGGGUUUGAGGAAGGGGAGAUCAAAGAAGCUUUCCGUGCAGAGGAGUAUGAUGGGAUUUGCCUGGAGCUGGGACGACUCCUAUCAUGUGAGAUAAGGUCUGACUUUACGAAGACAGCCAUGCCGAGACGAGGGAGGGAGACGCGGCCACCACGGAGGUCGUUGGGAGCAUCUGGGGUAUACGAGCGGCAUGGGUCUUACCGGAGGGAGCACACACCUGUGUAUGACGACGGGGAUAUAAAGCUCUUUCUGGACGACUUCCGAGGGUAUGCAAAGUACAGGGGAUGGACAGUGACCCAGAUGAUAGAGAGGUUGAGAGGAGUUGGCAGAUUUGAGGAGCCCAUCGCACGGAUCCGUAGGGAGGCGAGGACCUGGCCAGAGGUAGAGAUGAGGAUGCAGGAGUUGAGGCCAUCACCAGUGGGACCAGAUGGCGUGUCGAUUCGCCUGGAGAUUGGGAACGUGGAGGAGUUCAUCCCUGCUUUUGAGCAGCUUAUGCAUGAUCAAAACAUUUUGAAGGAUGAGUGGGCACGGACGUUACCACUACGGGCCAGGAAGGCAGAGACACUGUUGGCCAGGCAACCACCACGAGAGCCACGCCAGGCAGAGAGAGAGGCGAGGGCUGAGAUUCCAGAGAGAGGGGUCCAUCGCACAAGAGGGAGAGCACCAGCAGGAGAGACAGCAGAGGAGAAACGGGCCAGAGUCGGGAAGCGCGUGGAGGAGAUUUGGGAGGCGAGGCAAAGAUUAGAGGCGGCAGGAGCGCUUCCAGAUCAGCCACCCGACGUACCACCCAAGCCCCGUGGGGUCACGAAGAUGUGGGACGAGUUUCAGGGUCAGUAUGGUGAGGAAUUGGUGGCACCGGAGAGAGCAGGACUCGAGUCGGCGAGGUCAGCAGAUGGGUACCUGGACCGCAAGUUCCGCUUUUUGGCCAAGACGUCUUUCCAGAGGUAUGUAAUGUUGGGAGAUGAGUUGGCCGGAAGGAAGGUGAAGUUUGGGAAUCUGGGGGUGCGUUUGGAGGCCGCAGAGGCAGAGAUCCACGAGCUGAGGACGCAGACAGCCAGCCAGGCCGCUACCAUCCAGGAGAUGAGACAACAACUUCACGAUAUGACAGCGAGGAUGGAGAGAGAGGGGCCUAUCAGAGUGGUGGAUUGGACUGAGAGUAGACGCUAUGGCAUCCAGGGAGAGGCAAUGCAGGGCCUAUUUGGGCAGCCAUCUACGGCGGGCCCAACUCCCGAACCAUCCAUUGGAAAGGUUAUUUUGGAGCCAGAGGAGGCAAAGGCAAAGAGGGAGGCAGAGAAGGAAGCCUUUGAGUUCCAAGCAUCUACAGAGCUUGCUACCGCUAUAGCGUCUUCUGGGCCAGCGACAGAGUCCGUAAGUAAAGGCUUGGGAUGCCUUGAGCGGGACGGGCCUGGGAGAGACCGGGUGGCAAAGGGGCUACGAGCCCGUCCUGAGGAGAUUGCCAACACAUUCGAGGAAGAAGAUACAGUAAGAGGGGCAGAAGCAGUUUCGAUUGCAGCUUUAGAUCCAGGGGGUAGAGGAAGAGGGUUGGCCACUUGGGCUUGUCGCAGGAAGAUGGUGUCGUCCCUCACACGGGCACUAAACAAAAACCAAGGCUUUCUCGCGGAUGCUAAAAAAAACUUGACGUUUGACGGGGCGAACAUCACGGAGUUCCUGAUAGAUUACGAGAACCCGGCCGCGUUGCUGAAAUGGAGUGACGAGGAGAAGAUGGAUCACCUAGGGCAGCAUGUGUUAUUAAGUCUAGGGCGAGACAUAAUGGCCAUCGUGGCCGCAAGCCGGUCUUGGAAGGAGACCCGGGAUGUAAUGAUGAGGAAGUAUCUGGCGGCGGAGAAAAUGGCAACAGAAGCCGAUUUAUCGACAAUCCAGAGGAGGAACAGUGCGACAUACAAUGACUUCCUGAGAGAGUUUACCCUGGUCGCACUAAGGAUCCCCGGGGUAACGGACUGGAUAAUGAGUAAGUAUUUCCUCAGGCAGUUUUCCGAGUUCGAUAAGGACAAGAUUCUGUCGGCCUACCAACAGACAAGCAAAUUCGUAAACACUAGGGAUGUUGACUUUAGUACGGUGACGGAUCUGACGGAGAAAACGGUAGUGACCGAAACGCUGGCCUUGCUCAAGGAGGGAGAGAUCAUAGAUCUGACCGGCAAGACGGGCGACAAGGUGACCCCUAUGGGCUUCACGAAUGCAGUAGUCGAAGCGCAAAGGAGGAUGCUUGCCGUAGCCGGAGACAUGUUUCGAGAGAAGUGUGAACCUUACAUCGACGACAAUCCGAUUAAAGAGGAGCAGGCGGCGAAGAAGAAGAACAUAGAGGAGGAGGUGAUGAGGCUGCAGAAGGAGAAGAUGUUGAGGUUGCAGCAGGAGGAGGAAGAGAAGAGGAAGGCUGCCGAGGAAGAAGCAGCAGAAGAAGAAGAGGAGGAAGUAGAAGACGAAGAACCCCUUGAGAGAGGGCGCAGGGCGGAGAGAGGCGAGACAAGUGGCACGAAGGGGGAAGACGCGUGGAUGGAAAAGAAGAUAACAGAGUGGGUGGCUAAUUUAUCAUUAGGGGAGGAUGAGGAGGCACAGUUGGCGAUAGAAGACCCCCUGGAAUGCCAGACAACAGAAGAUGAAAAGAAACUGGAGUGGAAGCUGCGAAUGAUGAGGGAGAAGAAGAGGAGGAGGGAGGAGGCCAACAGGGUGGCGAAAGAAGUAGAGAGGGUUCAAGCCUGCAGACAGGAGGUGCAGGCACAAACUGAGGUCCCUGCCAAGUUAGACAAAAUUUUGGGACACCUAGAGGUUUUAACCAAGGCUUGGAUAGAAGAGCAUCAGGCCGUUAAGGGUCAAGACUUAACCCUGCAUGCCUUCCGAUGUGGGUUUAAGGAGUUCGUGCACGACAUGGUGACCCAUGUCGGGACAGAAGUCAAAAAGAUGAAGGAAGGCGCAGAGAAGUUUUGUGUUGGCGCCAUUGAGGGCGCCAAAGUUGUCGCCACAGCCGAGGCCGUUGUACGUCCCCGCAAGGAGCCUGCAAAGCUCAAGUUUCCUGAUUCCUACAGCGGGAAGAAGGACGAAAGCUUUGAUAAUUGGGAGGCUAGUGCGAACACUUAUGUUUAUUUGCAGCACAUUGACCCCGAGGAACAAGUCCUUGUGGCCUUCCAUGCAUUGAAGGACGAAGUGGCUAGCUUCGCCAGGUCCCUUGCUCGCGCUGCUGACUGCGAACAUAAUAUGAUCACGUAUUCUUGGCUUACCCCUCUCUCCACUUUUCUCAAACUCCUGCGUGAGAGGUUCGCUGACGUCACAAGAGGGGCCUUCGAUAAACUCCAAACCAUCCACUUGCGACAGUGGAAGAGUGCGCGAGCACUCAAAGCUGUCAUGGACGACUUGGUAGCCGUCCCGAACCAUGGAGUCACAAAGACCCAAUUGGUCCAACUCUUUUGUCGUGCCAUGUCAGAACCCUUGCGAAGGCACUUUUUUGACAAGACCCAGCAGCCCAAUAUCACGUACGACGCAUUGAGUAGGGAAGUGGUCUUGUUUGAGGCCAGGUCCACGCCAGUUACCACUUUUUGGCACAAGGAUUUAGAUAAGGGCAAAAAGUGGAAAGGCCGUACCAUCUCUGGCCAAGUCAGGGCGAAGGAUCAUUUGAUCCUCACUCUAGAUGAAGGUGGUACAGACGAGGUCCCUUAUAGUCGGAUUGAGUGGGGCCUCGAGGAGGAGGACAAUAGCGUAGGUCAGGGGAGGUCCUAUGCGGCUGUCGCGGCAGGAGGGAGGCCGCAAGGUAGCGGUAUCGGGACUGUUGGUCAACCUGUUUUAUUGUGCCAUGCCCGAACCUUGCGCGGACACUUCUUUGAGAAGAGUAAGGAGUCUACCAUGACCUACGAUAUUCCGAGUAGGGAAGUGGUAGCGUUUGAAGCGCAGUCCAUGCCAGCUUCCACUUUCUGGCAUAAGGACCUUGACAAGGGCAAGAAGUGGAAACGCCGUACCAUCUCGGGUCAGCAGGAUGAUGGCAAUGGGUAUAGACCCGUAGAGUUCAUGUCCGCUAGGAUGCCUUCAGAGAAGGUCAAAGACUACAUUGCCACUCCUAAGCCCAAUGGGUACCAGAGUCUUCAUACUACUAUUCUUCCACUGGGGUCAAAGAUGCUCUUUCCACUAGAAAUCCAGGACGAAAACUUGCUUUUGUGGAUAGCUGAGAUCCAAACGUACGUUGGAACAGCCCCUAUCGAGGAACCAUUUCAAGUUGCUUUCUCGGCGUCUUGCUUGGGAGGGGAAGCGAAAGAAUGGGUACUGGCGGAGGCUAAUGCCGCAGGGUUUGAAGACAUUGGUGAGUGGGCUGGUACUUUGACCUUGAAGCAGUUCCUUGCAAAGAUCAAGGAACGCUUCUUGGAUAAGACCGCCGCCGAUAAGGCCUUUGACCAGCUCACCUCCAUUGGUCAAAAGCACUGGACCUCAGAACAGGAAAGCGUGUACUUUUGGCGCCAGGACCACACCCUUGUCGUCUUUGACGACGAAACUGUGGAAAGGUGGCCAUUGGAGGCCGAGGGUGUGGCAAACAGCAGUGAUUCCGGGAAGGGGGAAGUCACUGCUGCCUUGGUCAACAAGGGAGGACCACGACCACCAGGAAAGAAGAAGAGACCACGCUCCAUUCCCGAGCAUCCCGGCAUUGCGGCAGGGAAGCCUUGGGAGAAAAUGGGAAUGACACAGGACACUUGGCAAGAAAGAAUGAACAAUGCGCAGUGUCUGAAGUGUGGCGUUGUUGGGCACAGGAACAAACCGUCACACGAGAACCCACUCGGUCUCUUGAGACCAUUGCCGAUUCCCAGUGAACCAGUUUUCUGCGAUCAGUCCAGGACGGAACCGAUCCCGUGGUGGCGCCAGUUUACUCUCAGGCUCGACAUGCACCAUGUCCCGAACAACGAUCGACAUCGGUGUUUGUACCACCGAUCUGGUGGUGCAUGUCAAGCAUGGCUGGACAACAUAUUGACCAGCCACGACGUAGCAGUGUCGGAACUGCACACCAAGCUCACUUGGCAGGAGUUGACUGACGCCUGGCACAAGCGAUUCCAAGUGGAGCCGCCCGACCUGCAAGCGAUGGACAAGCUCAACAAGCUCCAUCAGAACAGGCUGCUCAGUCAGGACUGGAUUACUGAGUUCCAAAGACUCGUCUCCACACCUGACUUGCCACUCGCAUUCCGCGGCGUCAAGCACUUGUUUAUCAUGCGCUCGUGUCCAGCCCUGCAAAACGCGCUGACGCAGAUUGCAGAGACACUCGACACAUUUGACAAGCUUUUCAGCACAGCAAGCCCGCAACGCCGGCCGAUCUUCCGCGACGACGGGCAGCACCCAAAGGUGGCUUGCAUUUCGGCGACUUCGCCAACUUCUUCUACCGAGGCUGCAACACCAAACGAGGGUGAAGUGUUGGCAGCUGCCCGGGAUGGUGGCCGGCCGCGCAACAAUCACGGCCGCGACAAGACGAAGACUCAGUCCACCUCUACACCGGGCACCGGAUCAGCAGCCGACGAACCUUGGACACAAUACGGACUCUCGGCGAAUGGUUACCGCACGAGACUCGAGUACCGUUAUUGUCUUUGGUGCAACAACACCAUCCACGAUGCUGCAAAAUUGCCCCACCAAGGGGAAACCCCGUCCGGGAAAGUAGGCGCCGCCGAGGGUGACUCGACACCUCCCUCGACGCCAUCGGAAGCGGUUGUGCGCACGACCGCCCUUUCUUCCGAGGCAUACGCGGAUGUCGGGAGUCUUCCACUUUCGUUCGAAGACUUCGCUGCCCGGCUCGUUCCUUCACUGGAUGCUUCUCAAGGACAAGAUACAUGUGCGGUCCGGAGGUUCCUCCGCCACUUCGUCUUCAUCAAGGGAUUCGGCAAGCGCGUUCAACGAGGAGGCUUUGGACCUGCUCACGCCCGAGGAUUUCGCUUGGGUUCCUCUCCCUGCGACGGGCAACCUUCCGGGGCCGCAAAGCGCAGCACUAUGCGCCCUCUUACACGAGUAUCUUUCCUUCCAUGCACCACCAACUUCGCCGACGGUAGACGAAGUCGCGGUGGGGCCCGCGAGUUUGUCUCGCAAUGGUAUGCAGAAAACAACGCACUGUUGCUCUACGUGCCCAUUCAGAUUGGGCAAGCGGCCUGCAACGCUUUGCUAGAUUGCGGCGCAACUCGCAACUUCAUGAGCCAGUCCUUCAUGACUCGGGCUGGCCUUGGCGCACAAGUACGGAGGAAGUCACAUCCGACGACGGUCGCUCUUGCCGCCGGUAAGACGAAACAACUCUUAGACCGUUACAUCUCGGCUGUCCCGGUGUACUUUGCACCGCACGCAUGUGAACCCGUCACUUUUGACGUGUUGGACACCGACUUYRAUGUCRUUUUGGGGAUGCCUUGGCUUUCUAGCGCGGACCACACGGUCAAUUUCCAUCGACGCACGCWCACGAUUCGUGAUKCAACUGGCGCCGAGGUCCCGUGGCCGAUCUCUCACGAGAUCAUACUCGAGGCCGGCGCCGUGCCACCGAAGGCAUGCAUUUAUCGCAUGUCCGCGGAGGAGCACACGGUUCUCCGUGCGCAACUCGAUGAUCUUCUUGACAAGGGUUGGAUCCGCCGUAGCAGCUCACCUUACGGUGCGCCCGUUCUUUUCGCUCGGAAGAAGAACAAGGACCUUCGACUUUGCAUUGACUACCGACGCCUCAACGCGCAAACCAUCAAGAACGCGGGGCCUCUACCUCGCAUUGAUGAUUUGCUUGAGCGGUUGGGUGGCGCCAAGUACUUUUCGAAGUUGGACCUCAAGUCGGGAUAUCAUCAGAUUUCCAUCCGCCCGCAAGAUCGGUACAAAACAAUGUUUAAGACGCGAUAUGGGCAUUUUCAGUUGGUAGUUAUGCCUUUUGGUCUCACUAAUGCCCCGGCCACCUUUCAGGCGGCCAUGACCACCGAGUUUCGCGCUAUGUUGGACCGAUUUGUCUUGGUCUACUUAGACGACAUCCUCGUCUAUAGCCGAACUCUAGAGGAGCAUCUCGAGCACAUUCGCCGUGUUCUAGAGACUCUUCGGUCAGCCCGGUACAAAGCUAACCGCGACAAAUGAGUGGCCCGAGCCGGACGUCCGAUCCUUCCUCGGCUUGGCCGGUUAUUAUCAGCGCUUCAUCAAGGGUUACUCGAAGAUCGCGUCCAACCUAAGGAGCGCCAUUCUUUUGAGCGGCCUUUUGACUUCGACGACGAGGCGCGCCAUUCUUUUGAAACACUCAAAGCGACACUCUUAUCCGCCGAGGUGUUACAUAUUUACGACCCGCUUCUAGCUACGCGCGUCACUACCGAUGCGUCAGGCUAUGGCAUUGGGGCCGUCCUUGAGCAGCAGGAUGGCACGGACUGGCACCCGGUCGAGUACUUUAGCAAGAAAGUACCUCCCGUGCAUUCGAUCGACGACGCACGGAAGAAGGAGCUUCUUGCCUUCGUCCACGCCCUCAAGCGUUGGCGACAUUUCCUCCUUGGUCGGAAAACAUUCCGAUGGGUAACGGAUAACAAUCCAUUGGUAUUCCGAGAGUCGCAAGACACGAUUAACAGUACCAUUGCCCGUUGGAUGGCUUUGAUCGACCAGUUUGACUUUUUCCCCGAUCACAUUCCCGGGAAGUCAAACCGUUUUGCGGACGCCCUCUCCCGACAACCGGAUCUUUGCACCGCAGUCUACUCCACCUUCGAGAUCGACGACGACUUGCGGAAGAGUUUCAUCCGUGGCUAUCAAGCCGACCCCCACUUUCGCGACAAGUACGCGAAUUGCUCCUCKCCGAAUCCGGUGCCUUCGCAUUAUCGGAUCCAAGAGGGCUACUUGCUUGUGCAUUCACGGGGUAAGGAUCUUCUUUGUGUGCCAAGUGAUUCACACUUGCGCACACGGCUUCUUGGCGAGUUUCACGAUGCGCCCGCCUCCGGGCAUUUUGGUGUCAACCGUACACUUGGCCGACUUCGCCAGCGGUUCUAUUGGCCCGACCUUCUCAAGGACGCCACCCGCAAUUGUGAGUUGUGCGAAGCACCGAAGUUAGCCGAGGUUUUAUAUACCGGUUGGAUUCGCUCCAAGGGCUACCCCAAGGAGAUCGUUUGCGAUCGGGACACUCGCUUUCUCUCCGACKUUUGGGUCGCCCUCGUCAAGCGAUGGGGCUCAUCUUUGAAGCCGAGUUCGGCUCGCCACCCGCAAACCGGUGGUCAAACGGAAAGGGCGCAUCAGACCGCUCAAGUCCUUCUACGCACUCUCAUCCGUCCCGACCACGUUGAUUGGGUUGAGCGCUUGCCAGACGUCGAGUUGGCUUACAACUCCUCGAUCCAUCCGGCUAUCGGGAUGUCGCCGUUCGAGUUUGAGCAUGGUUCACCCAUCUCAUCGCCGCUGGAUGCCAUUCUGCUGCGCAUAGCCGAGAGCGACGACCAUCUUGCGUUCCUUCGCCGCAUGCAAGACCUAUGACCGGUCGUAUGCACAAAUUCAGACGUUUACUUUGAAACACACUCGUCUGGCAUGUCGUUUGUUCCUCUCGGCUGCCUUCUUUUUUCUAGGAGGCCUACUACCGUUAUGAGGUAUAGGAGUAACGUCUCUUAUAAACCUAAGGAUUAGUAGGGAUUAGUAGGGAUUACCCAAUUUUUUUUUUCUUUGUUUUUUGAAAAAUUGAACUUUUGAAAAAGGAAUGAAUGCUGCCUUCUCCU